AAAAAGUUAUGGAUUUCGACAGCAAUGACUAUCUAAGGAUGAGAGAUAUUAAAUUAUAAGAACCGAUUUCUCAUCAGAAGAUAGGACACCUUGAAAUUCUGAUUCAUUGGAUCUUUAUGGUUCAUUAUAAGUAUAAUUUUAGAUUUCUGAGAAAAAUAAUCUGAAUACGAAAACCAUAGAAUUAGCUGCAAUAUUAACAAAGAUUUAUAUUUCUAAAAACUAGAUCUCACAAGAUAGUUUAUAACUUUUGGGAAUAGCCUCUUUAAUGAUUGCUGUCAAAGUAUACUAUUUUUAAUAUCUUAAAUAAGUUUAAUGAAUGUUAGACUUAAAUUAACAUGAAUGUAGAUGAUUGUGCAUCAUAAUGUAACUUUGAAUUUAGUUCUACGUAAAUUUUAGAAAUGGAAAUGAGUAUUUUAUCACUUAUAGAGUUUGAUGUAAAUAUUACCACAAUAACUGACUAUUAUAAUGGUUAGACUAUUCAUUCUGAUCUUAUUUUGUUUGUCACUCUUGAUUCAGAUUUUCUUUACUAUUAAAAAUAUGAAUUAUUCGAGGCUAUAACAAACUUUUAUUCUUAAGAUACAUAGAGUAUGCCAAUUAAAAUUUAAAAUGUACAUAUUCAAUCAAAAAGUAGGUUAUCUAUAAAAUAAAUCAGAAAAUAAACAAUUUAACAUAAACAGAAAGGAAUAAAAAACAAAAAAUAAGAAGAAAAAAGAUCUCAAAAAGAAAAUUUAGAAUUGCAAGAUAAUCAAAAAUUUCAAAUAUUUUGCAGUAAAAAUAUGAUUUCAAUUAAAAUUUAUGA